CAAAAAUACUUUGACGCAGUCAUUGGUGUUGUUUGUUUAGACUAUGGUGAAUGAUAUCUGAGUUGUAUGGUCCUACAAAAUGUAACAUGAACAAAAGAACAUAAUUUUAAAUUAAAUACUGGAAUUAUGGAACCGAUAUCAGAGAAUUACAACGGCCUACGAUGUCGUUUAUGUUUCCAUACCGGAACGAAUGCACAGCUCAUCGAAGUGUUCAAUAAAAGUAACGACUUAUCCAAACGGGUCAUCAGUGCUCUUGGAGUAAAGAUAAAUCGAAGUGAAAAGUUAGCUCGAAUAUGCACAGUAUGCGAAACUUUAAUCGAUAUAAUACAAAGCUUUCAGGCUGUCUGCAAGCAGACUAAUCAAUUACACCACAGUCAUGCAGAUUUUCUACUGUAUGAUGUCUUUUGGGACAAUGAAGAACAGGAUGCUGUUAGAGUGACAGAGAAGAUGAUUCUUACCCAUAGAUCGGAGGUAGAUAAGAUUUUAGGCAAAGCAACAAUAGCUCCGUUAAAAACAGAGCUUGGAGCAAUACCACAGAUUAUAACAUCACCAGCCGAGUCAUCUAUCGUAGCAGUAGCAGCUAGAGAGGAACCAUUGAUUGAUAUCCCUCCAAUCACUGAAAUUGUUUUUACCGACCCAGCAAUCAAAAAUGAACCGCAUUGCGAUUCUGAAAUAAAAAUUCAGUCCGAAUCAGAAGAUAUGAUAACGAGCGAAAAUGAGAGUGAUGUUCAUUCAGAAAUAGAUAACAUUUUCCCAGAAAACGAGAAGAAAAAGCACAGAAAACGAGGAAAACAAUCUAAGAUAUCCAAACCCACUAAUCAUGAAAACAGAAAUAAAAGAAAGGUAUCCAUGCGGAAAGUCAGAAAAAGUAUCGAACCCAUUGAUGACGACCAGAGUGCAAGCGAAUAUGAACCUAAAAUCCCCGGCAAACGUGGGCCAAGACGCAAGAAGAUCCGAAAAUCGGAUCCCAGUGUAUGUGAUAUUUGCGGACAGACGGUGGCACAUUUUAUAAAGGAAUCACACCAUAAUCAGCAUCUUGGGGUGCGUCCGUACAAAUGUGAUCACGAAGGAUGCGGUCGUACCUAUUAUUCGCAGAAUGAUUUAAGAACGCACAGUAAACGACACCAAAUUACCUAUCAUGUGUGUGAAAUAUGUGGACGCAAUAUUAAAGGAGUUGAAUGGUUUCGAAGACACGUUAAGACUCAUACCGAAGGUCCUCAGUUUACCUGUGAGGUAUGUGGCAGUAAAUUUCGAAGAAAAGCUCAACUGCAAACGCACAUGGUUACUCAUACAGGUUUAACUCCACAUGAGUGCGAAAUAUGUGGUAAAAGAUUCGCACUAAAGUACAAUUUGGAAGCACACGUCAAACGCCAUAAAAAGAAGGAAACACCAGGACAAGAAGCACAAACAGUCCAGAAAGAUGCAUCGGAAAAGCGGACCUGGAAGAACUAUGUGCGUUCGGAGAACUCCGAUACGAAGCAUCAUGUCACUUGCGAAACCUGCGGAAAAUCUAUCCACAAGCGAGAAAUUGAAGGUCACGUAAAUAAACACAUGGACCGGCGUCCGUAUUCGUGCGAUUUUCCCGGUUGCACGUUGGCUUUCUACGGACUCAGGGGUAUUAAAGAACACAAAAUGGUUGUUCAUUCGGACAAAGUUUUACGGUACGACUGCAGCAUCUGCAAUCGGUCAAUCAAGGGUGCAGGCACCUUCAAGAGACAUGUCAUGAUGCACAAUUCGGAUAUGAAAGUAGAAUGCCAACAUUGUGGAAAAAAAUUUACUUCGAAAAGUUAUCUAAAAGCUCACGAACAAAAACAUUCCGGCGAACGUCCUUAUGUGUGCGAUCUGUGUGGACGCUCGUUUGCCAUGAAGCCAUGCUGGAAGAUGCACAUGAAAACCGUACAUAAUGAAGAUCAUCGUGAACCUACACGUGUUCGGAAACGACAAACGGAAAACUUAUCUGACCCGCCUAAAAUAGUUGAUAGUGAAAGGCCGAACGAAAAAUCUACAUCUGCAGCUACAGUGUCGUUGGAAACUCAAAGUGUACAUGAUCAACAAUACCCUUGCCAGCAGCCACUAACGGAACCACAACUAAAGGAACUUCCAGUAACACUACGAGUGCCAUUGAUUGUAACACAUAUUUCAAAUUAUCAAACACCAGAAACGGUACGAGAAGACUACUCAUUUUGAACAGCUGCUGUGUGAAAAGUUUAA